CAGUUGCCGAGUCUGGCCCCAAGACGGGGCGCUACUAUUCACUCGGUCACCUCACGCCGCAGGCGAUCCAGCAGCAGGUUCAAGGCCAAAAGAGUUUAAUCAGGCAUGGGCUGUGCAUUGGGUGGCAGACGGGUCCACCCUGGCAAGGACGGUCUCUAUGAUGGCGUCGUUGCUGGGCAAGACGGUCAAGCAUCCGGACGCAGACUGAGCGAAAUCGAGAGCGAGCCAGGAGCGCCAUCUGGCCAAGGCCUAAGAAAAGACAAGAAGCUGCAACGAGUCAUUCGCGGAGGGAAGGACCCUGCGGCUCCGAAGUCUGUGAAGGGAGGAAACGUCAGUUCUGAAAACCGGCGAUUUAUUCUGAAGGUUCUGCAGAAACAUUUUGUAUUUGGAAAUUUAGACGACGAUGAGCAGGAAACUGUCGUCGACCAUUUUGAGAUGCAGAGAGCAGGCCCGGAUGAGCUGAUUUUUGCUCAGCACGAAGUUGGGGACUGCUGGUACAUCAUCCAAAGCGGCAUCUUCGAGGUUUGCGUGGACGACCGUGCCGUGCGCCAGCUGCGCGCGAAGCACAGCUUCGGGGAACUGGCGAUGCUGUACAGCGUGCCUAGAACGGCCACGGUCACGUGCAAGGAGAAAGGGAUGCUGUGGAAGAUGCAUGCAGAUCAAUUCAGAGUGUGCAUGGAACAGCUGAGCGCGAAGAAUAUGAAGCGAGCGCUGGAAUUCUUUGAGUCGGACAGCACCUUCCGACACAUGUCCAAAGAGGAGAAGAGUAUCCUCAGCACCGCCUGCUCAGUGCAGAACUUUGCCGCAGGAGAGGUGAUCCUCCGGGAAGGUGAAGUGGGUGAGUGGAUGUUCAUCGUCACGGAAGGAACCGUGAAAAUUGUCGAUCAGUUUGGCAACUCCGAAAUCAAGAAGCCCGGUGCCUUGCUGGGAAGCUCUGGAGUGAUGUACUCCAGUCUCAACUGCAGUGGGGCCACUGCAGUUGACAAAGUGACCUGCUUAGCUCUGGGCCGGAAAUCGCUCGAGAGCCUGCUGGGUCCUGGUGGUAGCGUCUUGCGCCGAAGCGCCAUCAAGGCGAUGCUUAUGGACAAUGUUGAAAGCGUGGACUAUUUCAGGCAGCUGACGGAGAAAGAACUCCAUGAUGUGGUGGACCGAUUUGAAGAAGCCUCUUUUUCAGCUGGCGCACCGAUUGUCUCUGCGGGAGCUCCAGCCCAGCUCCUGGUGGUGGUCGUCGGACAGGUGGCCGUGAUGGAUCCAGAGACCGCGGGGCUCAAUGAUCUGGCGGAGAUCGUUGCCCGGGCCAAACAUGUCCUGAAGCCGGGUCAGCUUCACGGUGCGCAGAGUUUGCUGAACAACACACCGAUGGAUUUCAGGUUGGUGGCACUCGAAAACACCCAGCUCCACCGCGUGUCCUACAGCAUGGUCACGCAAGUGCUUGGCGGCGACCUGAACGAGAUUGUGAGGAUGAACGAAAUCAAACGAGUUCUCGGUGACAUCUUUUUGUUCAAAAAUCUGCAGAAUGAUCAGAUGGAACGGGUCAUUCGAAGCUUUGAGAGAUGCGAAUACGCUCGUGGUGAGGUGGUGGUCAAACAAGGCAACGAGGCCAACCACUUUUACCUCAUUCAGAGUGGUGCCAUUGGCGUCAGCCGUGACGGGCAACGUUUGCGCGGCCUGCUGAAAUGGGACUACUUUGGGGAGCGAGGUCUCUUGCUGCAGGAAAAUCGUUCAGCCACAUGUGAAGCAGAAGAACCAUCGAUCCUUCUUCGGUUAGAGAAGGCGGUCUUCGCAGACAUUGUGGGUACCUUCCGCAAGGAACUUGAGCACCGCAUGAUGCUUCAAGAUCUCAAAAUCGAGAUGUCGGAUCUCUACGUGAAGGCAGUGGUGGGUCGCGGAUCAUUCGGCCUGGUGAAGCUGGUCUACCACAAGCGGGACAAGCAAAAGUACUAUGCCUUGAAAUGCAUUGGCAAGAAGCAGGUGGUGCAGCAAAAGCAGGAGAAAUCCAUGCUCUUAGAGCGUGAGAUUAACUCCCAAUGCUACCACCCUUGCAUCAUGCACUUCAUCACGACUUUUCAGGACGGCAAGAACGUCUACUUCCUCACCGAGUUCCUGGGAGGUGGUGAUUUGUUCACCGCCAUCCGUGAGAUCGGCAACCUCAGCAAGAGGCAAGCGCAGUUUUAUGGUGGCUGCAUCACUUUAGCUUUGGAGUACCUUCAUGCGCGCUCCAUCAUGUACCGGGACUUGAAGCCCGAAAACGUGGUUCUGGACUUCCGGGGCAACGCCAAAUUGGUCGACUUUGGCUGUUGCAAGAAGUCACUCCAAUCGAAUACACUGGUUGGAACUCCUGAGUACUUUGCUCCUGAGAGUAUCAUCGGAAAAGGCUACACAUGCGCCGUCGAUUGGUGGGCCUUAGGGGUGAUGAUGCAUGAGUUCAUCGUGGGGCCUCUUCCUUUCGGCAGAGACACCGAUGAUCAAUUGCAACUUCUCAAAGAAAUCAUGGAGGCACCAUUGGCAUUCCCCAGCUACAUCACGGACAAGACAGCCAUUAGCGUCAUUUCGCAACUCUUGGAACGGACACCAGAGCUCCGACUGGGAGCCUCCUCCCGUGGAGCCAAGGACCUGCAAGAGCAUCCCUACUUCGCAGGCUUCAAUUGGAAUGGCCUGGCGGGCCAGUCGGUGCCUGCACCCUGGCUUCCAGAUCGCCGGAAGAUCCAGGAGUCUUGGGAAAUACCGCAGGAUGCUGGAAAACCAGUUUGUCCGGAACUAGGCAAUGAUGAUUCUAUCGUAGAUGACCCUGCUAUGGAAUGGGCAAAGGCAUUUUGACUGUCCAGCGGCUGUGGUUUCACCUCAGACCUGUACAGAAUGGAAUUGGUGCCAGGAUUUAUCUGGCUGCCCUAUCGACAAUGGCUUCAGUCAGUGGCGUGUCCCAAGAAAUAGCAUGGAAAGUGCCACACUGAGCCGAAGGGCAAACGACGUUGAUGGCUGCAAAGCAGCAGACAAUUACAUCACUUUGCUGAGCAAAGGAGAUGUGUAAAUGUAAUAAUUGUACAAUUUUUGAGGGGUCAGAAUAAAGACCUAACUCUAAGAGUCAGCAAACAUUGAGAGCCGAAAAC